CUGGUGCGUGUGGGGCUCUCUGACAACCCCUGGGCCUGUGACUGCCACCUCACCUAUCUCCUGCACUGGCUCCAGAGCUUUGCUGAGCCUCUCAUCCAUGGGCAAGCCUUCUGUGCCAGUCCAGCUGCUCUCCAGGGACAGUCCCUGCUGGAGGUCCCCCAGGUACACCUGGAGUGCUCAGGAGCACCCAGUGUCCCUCCAGAGGAAGACUGGGACAAGGAUGCUCCAGGGCAGUGCACCUACAGCAAUCCUGAGGGCACU